AUGGUUAGCACAGUCCGGAGAUCUUGGGUUCUCUUUUCUGUCCUAAUCUUGUUUCUUCUCGACUCCUAUGGAGCUGAAGCCAACAACAACAAUGUUACAUGUGUAGGUUUAAUCAUUGAUGUUAAUACUCGUAUUGGAAAAGAAGAGAAAAUAGCGAUGGAAAUUGCAGCUCAAACCUACAACACAAGUUCAAAGACUCAAAAACUCUCUCUCUAUAUCCAGGACUCCCUUAGAGUCACUUCUGCUGUAGAAGAGAUGAUUAGAGAAAAUAGGGUUAAGGUGAUUAUUGGCAUGCACGCAUGGCAAGAAGCAGCUCUAGUAGCUGAUAUUGGAAGUCAAGCUCUUGUUCCGGUUAUUUCGUUUGCGGCACCAGCCAUCAAUCCACCUCUAAUGCAACUUCGCUGGCCGUUCUUGAUACAAAUGGCUAAAAAUGGUUCCGAACAAAUAAAAUGCAUUGCAAAUAUUGUUCAAGCAUACAAUUGGAAAAGGGUUGUAGUGAUUUAUGAAGAUGAAGCAUUUGGUGGUGAUUCCGGAAAGUUGGCACUUUUAACUGAGGCUCUCCAACAUGUGGGUUCGGAGAUUGAGUACCGUUUGGUCCUUCCACCAUUUUCUUCUAUGUCUGAUCCAGGAUGGGUUGUUCAUGAAGAGCUUGUUAAGUUACUGAAAACACAAUUAAGAAAUUUUAUUGUUCUUGAGUCAUCAUUAGAAAUGGCGAUUCAUUUGUUCAGGGAAGCUAAGAAUAUGGGGUUUGUAAGGAGAGAUUCAACUUGGAUAAUUCCAAAUAGUAUUACAAGUUUGUUGGACUCUGUAAACAACUCGGUUAUUUCCUCUAUGGAAGGUGCAAUUGGAAUUAAAACCCAUUAUUCUGAAGAAGUUACCUCAGAGUACCAUGAUUUCCAUGCUCAGUUUCGGAAAAUUUUCAGAACUGAAUAUCCAGAGGAAGACAACUCCGACCCUGGUUUUUAUGCUCUGCGAGCAUAUGAUAGCAUUAGAAUUGUUAUACAAGCGAUCGAAAGAAUGACAAGUAACAGAGGUAGUCCAAAGAUGUUGUUAGCCAGUAUGUUAUUAAGCAAUUUCACGGGUUUUAGUGGCAAAAUACAUUUUAAAGCAGGCCAGCUCUCAGACACUUCAAUUUUGAGCAUUGUACACGUUCUUGGAAAGAGAUACAAAGAAAUAGAGUUCUGGACACCAGACUCAGGGUUCUCCAUGAUCCCUUCUAUAGGAAAACCAAAUACUUUGGUUGCUCCCGUAAUUUUGCAGAGGAACUUACAAGAAAGUCCGAAAGUUUGGGAAAUGCCUACUGAUGCAAAGCCAUUGAAAAUUGGAGUUAGAGGUAGAGCAUCAUUUGGGAAUUUUGUGAAGGUUGAUUACGGGGUGAAACUGAAUGAGAACAAUUAUUCUGGUUUCUGCAUUCAAAUUUUCCUUAAGGCACGAGAACUUUUGGGAUAUCCUUUGCCUUAUAAAUUGGAGGCCUGUAAUUGCACCUACAAUGAUCUGGUUCACCUUGUCCACAAUAAGCCGAACGGCUGCAAUAUGUAGAUUUCACUGCUCCAUACAUCGAGUCAGGUGUGGCAAUGAUAGCUCCGGCUAAACCUGUAGGGUCAGCAUUUAUGUUUACAAAGCCUUUCACCUGGGACAUGUGGUUGGUGACUAGUGCCAUCUUAA